AUGGAGGAGCCCAAGCUGGCAGGUUAUGUCCAACUCAGACACCGUGACUGCAUAGCUCAGAAGCCAGUUGGUGUGUGUGGCCAGAUCAUUCCUUGGAAUUUCCCGCUGGUCAUGCUUAGUUGGAAGUUAGGACCUGCUCUUUCCUGUGGCAACACCGUGAUUGUCAAACCGGCAGAGCAGACGCCUCUCUCAGCUCUUUAUGUGGCAUCUCUGAUAAAAGAGGCAGGGUUUCCCCCAGGAGUGGUGAAUAUUGUGCCUGGUUACGGACCCACUGCAGGAGCAGCCAUCUCUUCCCACAUGGAUGCCGACAAAGUGGCGUUCACAGGAUCAACAGAGGUUGGAAAAUUAAUUAAAGAAGCUGCUGGGAAGAGCAAUCUGAAGAGGGUGACCCUGGAGCUGGGCGGGAAGAGCCCCUGCAUCGUGUUUGCAGACGCGGACUUGGACAACGCAGUUGAAUUUGCACACCAGGGAUUAUUCCUCCACCAAGGCCAGUGUUGUGUAGCUGCCUCCAGGCUUUUUGUGGAAGAAUCAAUUUAUGAUGAGUUUUUUCGAAGGAUUGUUGAGCGGGCUAAGAAGUAUGUUCUUGGCAAUCCUCUGACCCCAGGAGUAAGCCAAGGUCCUCAGAUUGACAAGGAACAAUAUGAUAAAAUAAUUGACCUCAUUGAGAGUGGGAAGAAAGAAGGGGCCAAACUGGAAUGUGGAGGAGGCCCCUGGGGGAAUAAAGGCUACUUUAUCCAGCCCACAGUUUUCUCCAAUGUGACAGAUGAGACGUGCAUUGCCAAGGAGGAAAUAUUUGGACCAGUCCAGCAAAUCAUGAAGUUUAAAUCUUUAGAAGAAGUGAUCAAGAGAGCCAACAACACUUUCUAUGGCUUGGCGGCAGGAGUCUUCACCAAGGACCUUGAUAAAGCUGUGACAGUGUCUGCUGCCCUGCAGGCUGGGACGGUGUGGGUGAACUGUUAUAUGGCAAAUUCUGUCCAGUGCCCCUUUGGGGGAUUCAAGAUGUCUGGAAAUGGACGAGAACUGGGAGAAUAUGGUCUUCAUGAAUAUACUGAGGUCAAGACAGUCACAAUGAAAAUUUCCAAGAAGAAUUCAUAA